AUGACUAGUCCUGGCACCAAGGCGUCCUGGCUCUCGCAGCCGGCCGUGAAGAGCGUGCUGGUGUAUCGCAACGGGGACCCUUUCUUCCCGGGGCGCCGCAUCGUCAUCCACGAGAAGAAAGUGUCCAACUUUGAUGUGUUCCUGAAAGAGGUGACGGGCGGCGUGCAGGCGCCCUUUGGAGCCGUGCGGAACAUCUAUACCCCCCGGGGUGGGCACCGUGUCCGGCAGCUGGAGGAGCUCCAGAGUGGGGAGCAGUAUGUGGCUGGUGGCAGGGAGGCCUUCAAGAAACUCAACUAUUUGGACAUUGGAGAAACAAAGAAAAAACCUUCUGAAGUCAAUAAUGAGUCAACACUUGAAGAUGUCAAGCCAGUUACUCACAGUAGGAUCACCGUGUCAGCUCGGUUUCGAAAGCCUCUGCAGGAGCCCUACACUAUUUUCCUGAUUGCUAAUGGAGACCUUAUUAGCCCUGCAGUGCGCCUCCUCAUUCCCAGGAAAACACUAAAUCACUGGGAUCAUAUUCUUGAAAUGGCUACAGGAAAAGUUACACUCAGAAGUGGAGCUGUUCACAGACUCUACACUGUAGAUGGAAAACUUGUUCAGAAUGGGUCAGACUUGGAGAAUGGACAAAUUUAUGUUGCAGCGGGUAGAGAAAAGUUUAAGAAACUGCCGUAUGGUGAUGUGCUGUCUAAAUCUACAAUGAGAAGGCCACAGGGUUCCAAAACCUCUGUGCUCCCUCCGACUGUGGGAUCUCGAAAGUCAAAAGGCAGUGGAAAUGAUAGACAAUAUAAAUCUACCGUUGGAUCCAGUGACCAGAGAGAAAAUAGUUCCUCACCUCAGCUUCCCAAAAGGAAAGACAAAAAAAGCCAGAACCCAGAGAAUUCUGUGUCCAGGCAACACUUUUCUAGCCACUCUACAAAAGUAAAACAGACAGUAAAAGCUUCCCCAGGAGUCCUUCAAGAUAAUGGUGAAGAUACUUACAAAGCCAGAGAAGAGGGGUCUGAAAUGUGGGGGGCAGUUGAAGUGCAAGAAGAUGAAGAUACUCUUGUGGAAGUUCCACUGGACCAGAGACCAGCAGAAACUGUAGAUGAAGAAGAAAAUGUAGAAGAGGAAAAUGACAGGGGAGAGGAGGCAUAUAAAGGAGAGGAAGAAUAUUCAGAUGUGAAUGGAGAGAAAAGUGGGGAAACUGUUAAAGAAAAAAUUGAAGUGGAAGAAAACAAAAAGAAAUUAAAUGAAAAUUAUGAAGAUGAAGCAAGAGAAACACAGAAUGUUGACCAAGCAGAGGAAAAGGAACUUAUCUAUUUAAAUGGCAAAAAUAAUGAAGGAAAUGAUGAGGGAAUUGAGCAUUUGAAGUACCAAGGUGAUCUUCAGCCUGAAGAAGAAGUAAAAGAGCAUUCUGGUAGUCAGCACCAGGUCGUUCCCAGUCUUGAAAAGACAUCUGCAAAUCCAAGAGUGGCAGUCACCAGCCCACAGGAGAGUGAAAAGAACGACCAGAGCAAUGACUGUGUGGCAGUUGCAUGA